AUGGGGGACAUCAAAAUCGACAGCAAGGCAUUCCACGAUCGCCUCUCGCGCUUCACCGGCGCUUGGAAGAAUGACCUGCGCACCAAGGAUGGCGUCUUCAAUGGCGCCUCGUCCAUCAUUGUCAUGAUGGGCAAGGUGGAGGAAGUCCCUGAGCUGCACAAGAACAACGCCAUGCAUUUCUGGUUGCUUGGCUACGAAUUCCCCACGACGAUGAUGCUGUUGACGGUCGACUCGAUCUACAUCCUGACUACGGCCAAGAAAGCGAAGCACCUUGACCAGCUGAAGGGCGGCCGGUUUCCCCUCGAAGUCCUUGUACGAGGCAAGGACGCAGCCGAGAACGAGAAAUUGUUCGUCAAGCUCGCAGACGCCAUCAAGUCGGCAGGCAACAAGGUUGGCACCAUCGCCAGAGAUACCUCCAAAGGGCCUUUCGUCGAGGAGUGGAAAAAGGUCUUCGCCGACCAAUGCAAGGAUGUCGAGGAAGUUGACAUCUCCCAAGCCCUCUCUCAGCACGCCUUUUCGAUCAAGGACGAGACCGAACUGCGAGCCAUGCGAACCGCGUCCAAGGCAUGCGUUGCCUUGAUGACCCCCUUUUUCCUUGAGGAAAUGUCGGACAUUCUCGAUAAGGAAAAGAAGGUCAAGCACAGCGCGCUGGCUGAUAAGGUUGAUAAGAAGCUGGACGAUACCAAAUUUUGGAAGACCGUCGAGCUGCCCAACAAGAGCAAGCUUCCCACAGAUCUGGAUCCUGCUCAGCUGGACUGGGUUCUGGGCCCUCUGGUCCAGAGCGGUGGCAAGUACGAUCUCAAGAUGAACUCGGAGAGCAACGACGACGUCCUGCACCCGGGAACCAUCGUCGCAGCUAUGGGCUUGCGCUACAAGUCGUACUGUUCUGCUAUUGCUCGCACAUACCUUGUGGAUCCGAACAAGUCGCAGGAAAGCAACUACAAACUCCUCUACAACAUUCACAACAUGAUUCUGAAGGAGGUCCGCGACGGCGUUGUCAUCAAGGACGUCUACAGCAAGGCCAUGAGCAUGAUCAAGGCCAAGAAGCCAGACCUGGAGAAGCACUUCCUGAAGAACGUUGGUUGGGGCGUCGGCUUGGAGAAUCGCGACCCUACUCUGAUCCUUAAUGCCAAGAACUCCCGAGCCCUGAAGGACGGUAUGACGCUCGUCAUCACAACCGGAUUCAGCGACAUCGAGAACCCUCAACCGCAGGACAAGAACAGCAAGAUCUAUUCGCUUGUUAUCACCGACACGAUCCGUGUUACGUCCAGCGAUGCCGUUGUCUUCACCGGCGAGACCCCGAUCGACGCCGACUCGAAUUCCUUUUUCUUCAAGGAUGAGGAAGAGGCUCAACCGACGCCGAAGAAGGAAAAGAAGGACUCCCGUGUUGGUGCUGUUGCUACUAAAAACAUCACUUCUACAAGGUUGAGAUCCGAGAGAUCCACCCAGGUCGACGAGGAUGCCGAGAAGAAGCGUCGCGAGCAUCAGAAGGAGUUAGCUUCCAAGAAGCAGAAGGAGGGUCUUGCUCGGUUCUCAGAGUCAACCAGCGACAAGAACGGUACGGAAGUCAAGAAGUUCAAGCGCUUCGAUUCGUACAAACGCGACAACCAAUUCCCUCCCAAGGUCCGCGAACUGCAGAUUGUGGUUGAUGCGAGAAAUGACACCGUCGUUCUGCCUGUCAUGGGCAGACCUGUGCCUUUCCACAUUAACACGAUCAAGAACGCCAGCAAGAGCGACGAAGGCGAAUGGUCAUUUUUGCGUGUCAACUUCUUGUCUCCAGGCCAGGGAGUCGGACGCAAGGACGACCAGCCCUUCGAGGACGCCUCUGCGCACUUCGUUAGAAGCUUGACGUUUAGGUCAACGGAUGGCGACCGCUACCAAGAAAUCGCGACUCAAAUCUCCAACAUGAAGCGAGACGUGAACAAGAAGGAGCAGGAGAAGAAGGAACUAGAGGACGUUGUCGAGCAGGACAAGCUCGUCGAAAUAAGAAACCGUCGCCCGGCCGUGCUUGAUAACGUCUUCAUUCGCCCGGCGAUGGAGGGCAAGAGAGUUCCUGGCAAGGUAGAGAUACACCAGAAUGGUAUCCGCUACCAAUCGCCAUUGAGCACACAACAGCGAGUCGACAUUCUCUUCUCCAACGUCCGCCACCUCUUCUUCCAGCCAUGCCAACAUGAGUUGAUCGUCAUUAUUCACAUUCACUUGAAGGACCCUAUCAUGGUCGCCAACAAGAAGAAGACAAAGGAUGUCCAGUUUUACCGCGAGGCAACGGAUAUUCAAUUCGACGAGACGGGCAACCGCAAGAGGAAGUACAGAUACGGUGACGAGGAUGAAUUCGAACAAGAACAAGAAGAGCGUCGCCGCCGCGCUGAACUUGAUCGUCUGUUCCAAGGCUUCGCCCAAAAGAUCGCCGAGGCUGGCAAGAACGAAGGUAUCGAGGUUGAUGUGCCCAUCAGAGAACUUGGUUUCCACGGUGUGCCAUUCCGAAGCAACGUCUUCAUCCAACCCACGACCGAGUGCUUGAUCCAAGUCGUCGAGCCGCCAUUCAUGGUCGUCACUCUGGAUGAUAUUGAAGUCGCCCACUUGGAACGUGUCCAAUUCGGCCUCAAGAACUUUGAUCUUGUAUUUGUCUUCAAGGACUUCACCCGCGCGCCAUACCAUGUCAACACAAUUCCAGUCGAGUUCCUGGACCACGUUAAGGAAUUCUUGGAUUCGUCAGACAUUGCUUACUCGGAGGGUCCUCUCAACCUGAACUGGCCGACCAUCAUGAAGACGGUCACAGCCGACACUCACCAGUUCUUCAUUGAUGGCGGAUGGUCUUUCCUGCAGGCUGAGUCUGACGACGAGGGCGGCGAAGAAGAAGAGGAGGAGAGCAACUUCGAAAUCGACGACGAUGAGCUCGAUGAGGCGUCCGAGUCUAGUGAAGAGGACUCCGAUUUCGGCUCUAACGUGUCGGAUGAGGAUGACGAGGGCGACAUGAGCGAUGAAGACGAAGGCGAGGACUGGGAUGAGCUUGAGGCCAAGGCCAAGAAGCGCGAUCGCGAGAGCAACCUCGACGACGACGAGAGUCGCGGCCGCAAGAAGAGGAAGCACUAA